GUAAACAGCUUUGUAAGCUGUCUAUAUAUAGAAGAUUCCAUUGUGAUCUUCCAUCUACCCCCUCUCUACUACCAGACUUCCCGUACAGUCAAUCUUCGCCAACUCUAUUCUCUCUCGUCUCUCCUUCUCUCACUUCUGUAGAUCCGAUCAUUGUAUGGCAUUGAGAUCUUUGAGCGGAGAGGUGUCGGACUUGUGCAUAGGGAAGCCGGAGCUCAAGUGGAUCGCGGCGACCGCGUCUAUCGCAGAAGCAUUGACGACGCUCAAGGCAUCCGGAGAGACUUACAUUAGCGUUUGGGUAUGUAGUGGGGACAGCGCCGGAGCUUCGUGCGUGUGCGUCGGAAAAUUUAGCGCUGCGGAUGUGAUUCUCUUUCUCUGCAGGGAGGAGAAUCUGGCGGAUCCUGUCAAAGCUCUUGAAACUCCUGUUUAUGACAUUUUGCCUAAAGGAACCCCCAUCGUCAGGCACCUCACACCUAAUUCAAGCGUGCUGGAAGCCAUAGAUUGCAUACUAGAGGGCACCCAAAAUCUGGUGGUUCCAAUUCAAAACCAGCGGAACAACAAUGCUAGAAAGAGGUUCGUCAACAGGCAACAAGCCUCUUGCAGCCGCUACGAGCAACACGAAUGUUGUUGGCUUACGCAAGAAGACGUGCUACGCUUCAUUCUAAACUCCGUAGGGGCCUUCUUUCCAGUCCCCACUUACGACAUUGAGUCACUAAACGUCGUUGAUCGCGACACCAUGACCGUCACCUACAACAAGCCUGCAUCCUCAGCAUUGGGCUAUCUCCAUCGCGCUAUCACUGAGCAGAAAUCUGUUGCAGUCAUUGAUGAGGAGAACCGGUUGAUAGGGGAAAUCUCGCCCUUGACUCUAGCCUACUGCAAUGAAACAGCCGCAUCCGCAAUCAUGGUCCUCACGGCCAUGGAUCUCAUGACUUAUAUUGACUGUGGCAGCCCACCGGGGGACCUGGUGCAGCUGGUGAAGACAAGGCUGGAGGAGAGAGAUUUAGGUGGAAUGGUCGAUAUGAUGGAUGAGUUGAUUCACUCCACAUUGCCGUCUUCCUCCUCUUCAAGCUGUUCCUCAGACGAUGACUCCAUGUCUGGUCGGAGUAGAGGCUCUGGUCGACACUAUGCAGCUGGGAGAUGUGAGCCGCUCGUCUGCAGCCCAAGAAGUUCCUUGUUGGCUGUGAUGAUGCAGGCGCUCGCAUGUCGUGUUAGUUGUAUUUGGGUUGUUGAAGAAGAUCAUACCUUGAUUGGGACCGUCACGUUUGCCGGAAUUCUGAGUGUUUUCCUCAGCGUUGCAGAUGAUAUGCAUAGUAAAUCAUAGAUGGAUCAUCCAUUUAAGCUAGCAAUCAUAUGGAGUAACUUUUAACUUUUCAGCCUGUUCUAAAUUUACAUUUUAUCUUGAUGGGCAUUCAAUAUAUAUUUUCGCCCAUUUCAUCAGUAAUUAGCUGAACUUGUUGGCAGCCAACUCUUCAUUGGUGUCGUUAUAAUUAAAAUUGACACAAUGGGCUUGUUUGGUUAUAUUUUAA